AUGAAAUGGUGGCUUCUGACGCCGGUUCUGGCGUUUGAUUUCAGCCGUGGGUCGCUCCAUGCGCUGCGCAACGAGAGCGAGACGCUCUUCGACCACGCCUACAAUUCCUACAUGCUCCAUGGGUUCCCGCAUGACGAGGUUCGACCAAUUGCAUGCGAGGGGGUCACGCGAGACAAGGACGAGACGAAUCUGGGUCGCAACGAUCUUAUGGGCGGGUGGCCGGUGACUCUUAUCGACACGCUGGACACGCUGGCGGUGAUGGGCCGCAAAGCCGAGUUCGAACAGGGCGUUUCGCAGGUUCUGCAACACGUCAAGAACUUUGACUACGACGCCACGGUGCAGGUGUUUGAAACGACCAUCAGAACAUUGGGAGGUCUUCUGGCGGCUCAUACGUACGCCUCAUCACCGGACCUGGGCAUGCAGAUACAAAACUACGGCGGAGAACUGCUAACUCUGGCGACAGAUCUGGGAGAUCGACUGCUGUUGGCGUUCGAAGGGGUCGAUCAUGGAAUCCCGCACCCUCGAGUCAACUUGCGACGAGGUAUCAGACCGGUGGGAGGCAAGUACAUCACCGACGCCUGUGCAGCCGGAGGAGGGUCUUUGCUGCUCGAGUUUGGACUACUGUCAAAGCUGACUCGAGACCCAAAAUACAUUGAUGCGGCGGAGAAAUCCUUCUUCGCCAUCUGGGAACUGCGAUCGGACAGAGACCUGCUUCCUAUGGGCAUAGACCAGGACACACUGCGCAUUACCUCGGCCAUGAGCGGGGUCGGCGCCUCGGCAGACUCCUACUACGAGUAUGCCCUCAAGUGGUACCUCAUGUCUGGAGACGAGCGGUUCUGGGAGGUGUACUCGCGAUCAAGACGGGCCAUCGAUACCUGGAACACCCAUCCGGACACAUGGCAUCAUUACAAUGUGCACUAUGUGACUGGCGAAGGCGUGGCGCCCUGGAUCGAUUCUCUCAGUGCCUUCUUCCCUACUCUGGACGUGCUUACCGGCAAUCUCAAGCGGGCCAUCAGGACCCAUCUCACCCAUAUGAAGCUGUGGAACACUUAUGCCGGCAUUCCUGAACGCUGGCGGUUCACAGACGCCCAGGUCGAUCUGGAGUGGUACCCUCUACGGCCCGAGCUCAUAGAGUCGACUUACUACCUCUACCGAGCUACCCGAGACGUCUUCUAUCUGCAAUGUGGACGUAAGAUCAUGUCCGAUCUCAAUCUGCGUAACAAGGUGGAAUGUGGGUAUGCAGGCACCCAGAACGUCAAGACCGGCGAACUGGCGGACCGGAUGGAGUCGUUUUUCAUGUCUGAAACUGCAAAGUAUCUCUACCUGCUGUUUGACACCGACAACGGCCUCAACAACGACUCGCGACAGUUCAUCUGGAGCACCGAGGGCCAUCCUCUUUACUUUGACGAUAGGGUGCUUUCCAAUUCGUACUCUGAGAAGCUCCCUCGUGAGCCCUCCAAGGGUCUGGAAGACGUGAAUGGUACGGCUCUCAUCUGUCCCAAAUUCAACCAUCCCACAGGCCCCUUUUCUCUCAUAGGCGCAUGGCCACACAUGUACGAUCUCAAUGCUCGGUAUAAGUACGAGAAGCCCUGGUAUCUGCGUCCCAUUCUAAACCGGCCGUGGUCGACUCUGCUGCGAAAGCUCCGAAACGACGGCACGUCAGUCGUCAAAAAGGGCAUGAUGGCAGAUGCUGAAAUGGAGCCUGGGUUCUACGAGCGCUAUGUGGCUGGCACCAGACCCACAUGCGCCGCCAUUCUCGACGGAGACAUGCAUGACGUGUCGUUUGGAAGCGACACCACCAGUGUUUAUCCCCCGCUGUACCAGGAGCCCGAUUCCAAGACGGGCUAUCUGGAGUUUGAGUCUCUGGAUGGAGUCAAGUUGACGCUUGUGGCGCGCGACAAUCACUUUUGGCUGCUCAACAUCAAUGGAGUGGGCUGUUCCGGAGCCAACGUGGACUGGUAUUACAAUGUGCCCAACAACGUGAUCAACAUCAACAAGGCUACCGGCCUGUUGAACUUUCGGGGUCGCGAUGUGCCCAACAUCAAAAUCGGCAAGAUCAUUUCGUGA